AGGACUGAUGCAUUCCGAGCGCGCGCACCUGCGUGAGACCAGCAGUAUCCGCGAGGUGCCACCUGAACAAGUGAGAAGCGGCUCCUCUCGUCUGAAACGCUCGUGAGCAGGGAUUUUAAAAGAUGUUGGAUUACAAACUAUGAGCAGCUUUGUCCUCGCGCUCUCCUCUUGUGACCGACACGCGCCAUCCUCUGCUCUCAUGUUGUCCUCGUGCAGAAACAUGUCCUCCACACUGCUGGCGUGUGUCUUACUUCUGUCUGUCCUCCACACCUGCUCUCUGACAGUGGAGGACGAGGAGGACUAUGAGGAUGUCACUGUGAACCAGAUGCUGGCUCCUAAAUCACAGGAGAACGACGCCACGGAAAUACUCAACAAUCUGCUGAAGGAAUAUGAUAAGAAACUGCGACCGGAUAUCGGAGUUAAACCAAUUGUUAUAGACGUCGGCAUCUUUGUGAACAGCAUCGGACCGGUGUCAUCAAUAAAUAUGGAAUACCAAAUUGACAUCAUCUUCGCCCAGACGUGGACCGACAGCCGUCUCAGAUACAACAGCACAAUGAAGAAGUUGACUUUGAACAGCAACAUGGUUGGACUUAUUUGGCUUCCUGACACCAUCUUCAGAAACUCCAAGAAUGCAGAUUCCCACUGGAUUACGAUGCCCAACCAGCUGCUCAGAAUAUGGAACGACGGGAAGAUUCUUUACACUUUAAGACUGACGAUAAACGCAGAAUGCCAGCUGCAGCUGCACAACUUCCCCAUGGACGAGCACUCGUGUCCGCUCAUCUUCUCCAGCUAUGGAUACCCGCGAGAUGAGAUGAUUUACAGGUGGAGGAAGAACUCUGUGGAGGCGACGGACCAGAAGUCCUGGCGUCUCUACCAGUUUGAUUUCAUGGGCCUGAGGAACACGACGGACAUAAUAAAGACGACAGCAGGGGACUAUGUGUUGAUGACGGUGUACUUCGACCUGAGUAGAAGAAUGGGCUACUUCACCAUCCAGACCUACAUCCCCUGCAUCCUCACCGUGGUCCUCUCCUGGGUGUCCUUCUGGAUCAAAAAGGAUGCCACGCCAGCCAGAACGGCUUUAGGUAUCACCACCGUGCUGACGAUGACCACGCUGAGCAGUGUGGCGCGGACGUCACUGCCCAGAGUGUCGUACGUCACCGCCAUGGACCUCUUCGUCACCGUCUGCUUCCUGUUCGUCUUUGCAGCUCUGAUGGAGUAUGCAACGCUGAAUUACUAUUCGUACGGCGCGCAGAGCCCCAGCUGCAUGGAACCUAAAAGAUCUAACUACUCUGUCCUGGAUGUGAGGCCUCCACACACCGUCAUCACUUUAAACAACUCCCUGUACUGGCAGGACUUUGAGGACGCGUGUGUCUUCGAGUGUCUGGACGGAAAAGACUGCCAGAGCUUCUUCUGCUGCAUGGAGGAGUGUAAAGAAGGAGGCUGGAGGAAAGGACGCAUCCACAUAGAUUUACUUGAACUGGACGCAUACUCGCGUGUCUUUUUUCCCACCUCCUUCCUGCUGUUCAACAUCGUUUACUGGGUGGGCUACCUGUACCUUUAGCACAACACAAGGACGGCACAAUUCAACGGAAGACAUUCAAGAUGAAUAAAAAGGUAACGCCAAAUAAACUCUUUCCCCGUGCUCCCUGAAGUAGUUACCUGCAGAUCAAAAGAGACUUCUGCCUCUGUGACUUCAGGUAUGAUAAUACGACACAUUACUGAUUCCCUUCAAUAAGCUGUACACAGAGGGAGGACAGGAUGGACUGAAGACAGAGAAGCUCCUGUACUCCAAACUUCUCAAUCAGGAGUGUGACUUGUUGUAGGGGACGAACCGGCACGUUAUUAUCAGUCAGUCAAAUCCAGAUGAAAAUCCAAGGACGGUGAAACCUUUCAUAGUGCCUUCCUCUGGAGGGGUAGAUCCUAUCUGCUACAAUAAUCAGGGAGUCAUGAUUUAUAAAACUUAAUAGAAGAGCUUGGCUUUGACUGAUUAUGGCUGUUCUCAUUCAGAGUUACAUUUAUAAAACAGCCAUUUGUAUAACACACUCUCUUCACACGGUGAAAGAAGCACAUCGGUUCCAGGGAAGAGAGCCAUUUGAAUAAAACUUACAGCAUAAAGAAUAAUGAUAUGUGCUUAUUGGCAUCACUUUAACGUCGGAGGUUGUUUUUAUUAAUCUUUGUGUGCAUACAGGCACAAAUCUCUCGUUGUUGUACCCACAGGCUAACUGCUGUGGCUCUUUUAUCUUAAACAUACCUUUCCUUUAAGGGAAUAUCUUUGGGAUAUUUUUGUUGGCUUUCUUGCGAAGAGUUAGAUGAGAAAGUUCAUACCAUCUCACGUCUUUAUGCUAAACAUGUAGCUACAGUUAGCAGCCGGUUAGCUUAGCUAACGUAAAGACUGAAAACAGGUGCUAACAGCUCGCGGGUCUGUUCCACAUACUUAUAUUCAUUAUGGGUUUAAGUCAAUCAAUGUAGAUACAGGUGAUGAACAAUUACAAAAAACCACAGGGGGUCUGAGGGGCCCAGUGCCCCUCUAACAGUGAGUGUGGAUUGAUACGUCAGAUAAAAUAGAGCCGUAUCUCUUCUGAGCGAUGCGAGUGGGGGAUGUCAAAAAAGCUUUUUAAAACGCUCUCCAUGUGGAUCAGCUGUCAGGGUUCGAAUCCCACUUUAGCAAGUUUAUAUAUCACCUGAUGGGUCCAAUGUUCCCCAGCUGGGCUGCUGUGGAAACCCUAACCCUUAGGUUUGGGUAAACCCUAACCCAAACCUAAUUGUUUGGUACGACAUGCAGCAAUAAAACGUUCUGUUAAAACCAUUAUUCUGUUAAAGAAAUAAUAACUCUUUAAUAUUCUCUGCCGGGUCAGAUUUGACCUUCAGAGCCCUUCAAAAUAAAAUAAUGAUAACCAUAGUUGUUGUUGUGUUUUGCAGAGAAGCUGUUUUAAAGCCUUGUUCCAUUAAAAAAAAAAAGUAGACCCUGAUGCCUGUUACCAGCACUUUGGCUUUUUGUUUUAAAACAUGUGUUACAGGCUAGCUGUUAGCCGCUGUUAGCCGCUGUUAGCCGCUGUUAGCCGCUGUUAGCUGCUGUUAGCUGCUUUUAGCCGCUGUUAGCCAUCUUUACGCUAAUCUUAGCUAACUCCCUGUAGCUUCAUAUUCAGCAAACAGACAUGAGAGUGGUAUCUAAAUAUUACACUAUUCCUUUAAGAUAAUUGUACAGUAGUAAGUGGUGUAUUGGUUGAUGUGAGGUGAUUAUGGGAUGUAGUUUUUGAAGGUGUCGACUCGCUGCAUUGUCACAGAUCGGAGGUGCCACAGCCGGAGAACAAAGGCAGGCACGCGUAUAAUCUACGUUACACAUAUUCUCACCAUGUAUUGGAUGUUAAGCUCUUAACACACUAGAUGAAGUGAAGAGGCAAAUAGUUGUGUUUCUUCUUUCUUUCCUCACACAGCCGGUGAACGGGACGCCCAAAUUAAAAGUAACCGGUGUCGUUUGUACAUUACUGUAGGCACAAAUAUGAUCGUCUCACUCAUCGCUGUUUGACUGGUGUUUGCAUGCAACACUUAAACAUUACACUGAUGACAUGUUCUGGGAUAGAAUUAUAGUUUUAAUAUGAACUGUUGUAUGAUUUGAUUUCCCUGUGUUUAGAUUUGGCAUUAGCAACCGUGGACUUGCCUUAGUGUAGCCCGCCCAGAGCUGAGAUGAAAUACAUAUUUACCUCUGAUAAUAACCUCAGCGAAGGCUACUUCUUUGCCUUGGGCAGUAUACUUAAGUGGAACUUUUUAUAUCCCUUUUUUUAGCUGUUUUCUUUAUAUUAUAUUUGCUAUAUAUGUGCCAAAUAUUUCACAUAUGUGCCCUGUCUUUUAUGUUUUCAGGCGAGUCUGAACAGCCCUAUAAUGGGGACAGUGUUAUCCUUGGAUACAGUAGAGUAGAGAGUAGAGAGAGACAAGGUGAAUACAACCUUUUAACUUUAUAUCACCAGGAAACCUCUGCAGCUGAAUACUUACAUUAAGACUAUUAUUUGUUUGCAUUACAAUAGUCUGUUUAAAUAAGCAAUUGCCUAUAGUGUCUCACCUUAGGGAGUAAAAUAAAUAGAAGAAGUUGGCUCUGAAUUGUGUCGUGUUUAAGCCGGUGGAUGUGAAACAGUCAUUAUUGCUUAUUGUUAUUUUCAGCACUGGUGCAAAGUGCCGCCUCCUGUGCCUGCAGACAAACAAGAUGCUGAAUGAAAAUGGAUGCAGCCGCAUAUGUUAGUGCACCUGUUCAUCACCUCAGAAACACUGACACUGGCAGAUUCUUCUCUCGCUUCUUUUCUUCGGCAACGUCGUCAUGUUUUCAAGUACUUUAUAACAACAACAAAAAUGAUUUAAAAAACUAUUGUUUUGUACAUUUCUGAUGGUGUUGACGAGUUACUGUGUGGAGCCCAGAUGUUAGUGUUCUGACCCCCUUCUGCGGACAGAUGACGGUCGAUGCAAUAAGGUUAUUCUGAGUGGUGCUAUACUUUACAAUAACUCGAGCAUUACUAAGUUGUCAACUGACUGAGCGAGGGGAGGCAUGUGACAGAGAGGCUGGUUCAGCUUCACCUGCUGAGCCACCGAGAUGCUCCCGUUUGUAAGUCUGUAUUCUGACGAGGUACGACAGCCGACUGUUAAAAUGUGUCACCUCAGCUCGUUCUUCUCAGUCUGUAUCAUCAGGCAAUAGUGUCGAAAACACACAUUCUCGUAUCGUAGGAGCGUUCUCGAGUAAAGGCCUUUACACAACAGGGGCGUGAGGAAUGGUCUGUGAGUUCCCUGGUUACAGUUACAAUCUAUAUGUCUCAGGCUUUUAUUGUGAAAGGUAAGACAGGAUCUGUUAUGCGCUGCCUUUGUCAAGGUUGAAAAAAGUAAUAAAGUUUGCCGGGUUUGUUCAGACCAGCGUUGCCAGAUGUACAAUGAUUAUCGUACUUGUACGAUUAUUUUGCCUUCUGUACGAUCAAUACUAAAAGUGCCAUAAUGUACGAUAGUUUGACUUAUGCACACGUAGCCUUUUCCACACAUCGUGGUUUAGCUCGCUUAGAAAAACAACGUGGGUAGAUCUGUAGACGUGUCAAAAAGUCGUUUAAAGACUAAACAAUCUGAUUUACACUUUCUUCUUCUCGUGGUUGUGAGGAAACAAAUGUUUUAACAUUUUACAUCUGGCAUCGCUGGUUCAGACUACGUAGCCUCGCGUUGUACGUGUUGAAUAUUUCCGUCCUGCACGUGAUUGGUUGAUGCCGUUAUUAUUUGCCUUUAAAAACAACAGUUCAGAAAAAAAGGAAUAAAAACGCCCCCAGUGUUUAAAGGCUUUUAGACUCAUGUCAUGAAGAGUUAUUGUGAACACGACUCCGCAUGGUCUCUGGAAGUCUUUGCGUGUAACAUCGUACUGACACCGUGGCAGUUUCAGUAUUAUCUCUCCAGACACGGGGAAGUGAAGGGAGUAAACAUGGGGAGGAUUUAGGAUGGGAUUUGAUCCCGGGCCAGGAUGGGCAUGUGGCUCCAGACUGGACCAGGGAAGCAGCUCUGGGCACCGUGUGUGUGUGCCGAGGACCAGCAGGACUCAAGCAGCCGGGGCAUGAGGGACAUGAGACAUGACACUGAUCUGCCACUAAUGUGUUGUGUAAAUCUCCUGCAAGGGAAGUUGUGUAUUUGUGAUUUAGACAGAAUGUUACGAGUAUUAUUGCUGUUUUUGCUCAGUGCACACACUGCAUUGACUCUAAGCCACAUUAAGUAUUGUGAUGAAUAAACCAAAGACAUUUAUGUUUCAGUUUAUUCUCUGAUAGUUUGAAUCACGUUGGAGGAUGUCGCUGUGUUUGGGGUUACGGCUUCAGUUUCCAUGUGCAGUACUGUGAAGUGUCAUUUGAAUGGAAACUGCACGCAACAAAUAAUUAGCCUAGAAAUGCUGGAAGGGUUUAUGUGAUUAGCCAAGUCGUCCGUCUCUAACAGCAGCUGUGUGUGCUGAAGAGGAUCUGCUGCCGGACACAACCCAACAGUGUGUUUCAGUAGUGAAUCAUAUUUCUGUUGACGUGUAUUAUCUAUCUAACUUACUGUGUACACAACAAUACUCAUGUGUACUGCUUUGUGUUUCCAUAAGUGUGGCUUCAGUGUGCUUAGAUAUCUCAAAGGUCCAGUCACGUGCACGUGUCCUGUGAGCUUCUCCUCAUAUUUCUCCUUCUGGCUCCAACAUCUACAUCCAAUGUCCAUGUUUUCAUACCGUGUUUCUUUUGGAAUAAAGUCUUUUUUAUUAUUAUAAAUGUA